AUGCCUCGUGAGUUGCAGUGUCUAAUCAGGAUCUGCUUCACGAGCACAAGAGCACAGACCACCUGGAAGUGCUGACCCCUCUUCAUUUCUACUCGGUCUCCAUCUCGCUCAACUCGCGCAGCUCGCAAUGCCGACGAUGUGUGAGUUUGGUACACCGGCAUGGGCCUUUCGAAUUCGUUGCUUACAUUUACCGCACGCUCAUCGCAGCUCUGCGGGCGAUGCAUCAUCCCAAGCCACGACCGUGGCUACUGGUCGCGACACACAUGGGGUGCGUAAAGGAGAGCACUCUGAUCUAGGCCGCAUUCAGCCCUCUAGCGCAUGCGUGAAUUCAUCCUUGGAGUUUGACAAUCGGCCUCUCCCUCUGGCUCGUGCAGGUCUUGAAUUGCCAUCCUUCCACCUCCUCAAAGGCUCAAACUCCCAAUCCCUUCACGAUUGGCAUCGCAGAGGAUAGAAAUAAGAGGUGGAGGAGAACUAUGGAGGACAGUCACGCCUUUGUGUACGGCUUUGGUGGGGUGCAGGGUCAAGGCUUUUUUGGGAUUUUCGAUGGGCAUGCUGGCAAGCACGCUGCUGAUUGGUGUGGAAAGCACUUCCACGAAGUGAGUGUCAAGAGAGACACGAAAUGAGAUGGAGCGAUGGCAUUCAGACGCAAAGUACUUGUCGCUUAUUGUCAAAAUUACUUGCCCCCUCAUACCCACAAGACUCUUUUGGAUACGCUGGUUGACUACUCCGAUCGGCCAGUGCCAGAUCUUUUCAACUACACCUUCCACAGCGUGGACCAAAAGCUCGGAGAGCUCGCCCAAUCCGAGGGAACUUCGAGCGGCUGCACAGCAGUCACCGUCUUUCUGAGGUUAGAAGAUGAAGAGGGCAAACCAUUGCACUAUCCCGAGAGCGGAGGUGUGUUGCCCCACAGUAAGAAGGGCAGUAGUGCUGGGAGCGUUGCUGAAGGUAGCAAAAGCGGCAGUGUUAGUCCGAGCAGCGCGAACAAAAAGGAAGAGGAGAGCAAGGGUGGUCUGCUGGGCUGGGCAAGAAGAAUCAGACAAUCGAGCUCUGGUGCUGCUCAGGCUGCUGAACGUGAUGGUGCUGCUUCGGCCAACGAAACGUCUGUGGCGGCCUCGGGCAAGUCCUCCAGCGACGUUGCGGGCUCUGACGCUAAGCAGGACGGAUUGAAGGCGGAAUCGCAACCUAGACGAGUUCUGUAUACCGCAAAUGUAGGAGAUGCAAGAGCAGUGUUAUGGUGAGUGCGCAGAGCACGCAUCUGUGGUGGUCUGCCACCUACAGUCAGGUUGCGUUCCAUCGGUAUAACGAGGCGCUGAACUUCGCAUGCUCCGCUGGAACCAUCUCCUUCAGUCGUUCCGGAAAGGCACUGCGCUUGACCUACGAUCACAAAGGCUCUGAUGCGCAGGAGGCCAAGCGAAUCACCGAUGCGGGUGGUUUCGUAAUGAAUAACCGAGUCAAUGGUAAGGCCAACGCUUCAGGUCACCUUUUGAGCACUCAGCUUACCCUCGAUUUGGUUCACGCAGGUGUGUUGGCUGUGACGCGGUCGCUCGGCGAUCAAGCCAUGAAAGAAUUCGUGGUCGGUUCGCCGUACACGACCGAAACCUGCCUGAGUGACGAGGACAAGUUUUUGAUUGUAGCUUGCGAUGGAGUGAGUGGUUUAGUGUGCAUUUCCCUUACUCAACGCAGUCCUGCGUUGCUCACACAACAACCCUCGCUUCAGCUCUGGGAUGUCAUCGACGAUCAAGAUGCGGUGGAUUUGGUAGCUGACAUUCAAGAUCCUCAAGAAGCCGCGGAGAAGCUCUUGGCUCACGCGCUUGGAAGCUUUUCUACAGACAACACGAGCGUAAUGGUGGUCCGAUUCGCUUCCGGCUCGGCAUCUCUGCCCUCAGCUUGUGCCGCCGCUGUGGCUGCUGAUCAGUCCGUAUCUGGCAGCACCUCCGGGCCGACUUUGCAGGGAGAGUACGCACGCACAGAUUCGGUUCCAGUCGCUGAUGGUGUCGGUACAGCUGCACACGACACCCAGGACGCUGCAAAGAUCAGUUCAGGGCCGAAUUCGGGCGUCGAGCCAGGUUCGAGCGUCGAUUCUGCUGCUAGUGCGGCCGCUGCGCCUGCGGCAUGA